GUGGGCUGGGCUGUGGUCCUCUGCUCUCGGCUACUUGCCUCUCAAAUAACACUAAUACGAAUCUUUAAACCUAAUAUAGGAAUACACAAAAAUCCCAUAAUGAGUUAGAGGACUGUAUGUGGUGUGUGCCAGCGCACUGAAUCAUGGGUCGGUGCAGAGUCCCUCUCCUCCUCCUCCACCUCCUGCUGCUCCUGCUGCAGGCCCUGCACACAUCGGCUGAGGGCUCAGAUGGACAGUUGACGUGUCUGUUUGACUGCCCAAAAUGCCCCCAGGCCACCCAGUGCCCGGGUACCCGCUGCUUCUCCUCCAUAAACCUCGACAGCCGCGGGGUGGUGUUUAAGCACGGCUGCCUGGUGGGGCUGGAUAACAUCCAUCUGCAGUGCUCCACAGCUCCAUCCUUCAGACAAGCCAUCUUCUGCUGCUCCCAGGACAUGUGCAACGACAACAACACCAGGAGUCUGCUGAGGUCUUUGCUGCCAACAGCCCCAGAAGGGGAGCCUGUUCGGUACCGCGUGGAGACGUUGGCUCUCUUUGUGCUCGGUCCGGUGGUGGUGCUGGCUCUGCUGUCUGUGGUCUCAGUUCUGGCCUGCAGGAGGCUCCACCACGGCCGUCUGCAGAGGAUGCAGGAGUUCGACAAUGAGCAGGGAGCCAUAGACGGCCUCAUCACCUCCAAUGUGGGAGACAGCACUUUAGCAGACCUGUUGGAUCACUCGUGCACAUCGGGCAGCGGGUCGGGUCUCCCCUUCCUCGUGCAGAGGACCGUGGCCCGGCAGAUCAGCCUGAUGGAGUGUGUCGGCAAAGGGAGGUACGGGGAGGUGUGGCGGGGCCAGUGGCAGGGCGAGAACGUGGCUGUAAAAAUCUUCUCCUCCAGGGAUGAGAAGUCUUGGUUCAGGGAGACGGAGAUCUACAACACUGUGCUGCUAAGACAUGAAAACAUACUGGGCUUCAUGGCGUCCGACAUGACGUCUCGCAACUCCAGCACCCAGCUGUGGCUCAUCACCCAUUACCAUGAGAACGGCUCACUUUAUGACUACCUGCAACGAGUUGCCGUGGAGACGUCAGAGGGCUUAGCGAUGGCUGCGUCGAUAGCCGGCGGCCUGGUGCACCUGCACACGGAGAUCUUCGGCACAGAGGGGAAACCGGCCAUCGCACACAGAGACCUGAAGAGCAAAAACAUCUUAGUCACAAAGGAGCUGCGCUGCUGCAUCGCAGACCUCGGGCUGGCUGUGACCCACUCGCAGGCAGACAACCAGCUGGAUGUGGGCAACAACCCCAAGGUGGGCACCAAGCGCUACAUGGCCCCCGAGGUUCUGGACGAGAGCAUUCAGAUCGAUUGCUUCGACGCCUAUAAGAGAGUGGACAUCUGGGCCUUUGGGCUGGUGCUGUGGGAGAUAGCAAGACGCACAUACAGCAAUGGUAUUGUUGAGGAGUACAAGCCUCCGUUCUACGAUCUGGUGCCAAAUGACCCCAGCUUCGAGGACAUGAGGAAGGUGGUGUGUGUGGAGCAGCAGAGGCCUUUCAUUCCUAACCGCUGGUUCUCUGACCCUACUCUCUCUGCUCUGGUGAAACUGAUGAAGGAGUGUUGGUACCAGAACCCCUCUGCACGGCUCACAGCGCUGCGCAUCAAGAAGACCCUGGACAAGAUCCACAGCUCUCUGGAGAAGGGCAAGGAGUCGUGAGGGGGGGAGGAGCAUCAUAAGGAAGCUGCCUGAUCUCACCGGCCGGCUCAGAGAAGAGCCCCGUGUUUGUGAAAGGAAAAAGGACGAUAAAGGGGGGUCAGAGGAAAGAGUUAUUCAGGUGUCCCCCAGCCUCACCCUUCUCUGUGGUUGACACCCCUCUCUCUUAUGAGCUCACAGACGUUUGGACCGGCUCCGUCUGAACACGCCAGCCUUUGUUACAGGACACACACACACACACACACACACACACCUGAACUACAGACUGUUACUGAGUGUGAAGAACAUGGAUGGCCUAUUGUAGUACUCCAUCCCAAUGCUUUAAUGCCCGCGUAAGACUGCUCACACACACACACACACACGGUAUGCAGUGUGUCUACAUACAAUUCAAUUUCUGAUCCCCAGCCAGUGUUUCUUGGCCUGUGUUCGUGGCAUUCUGCUCAGAAGUGUUUCACUCAUUUAGCUUUACCAAAACAUGCCAACUAUUGCCACAAAGACACAGAUAUGUUCACUUACAAGAGGAAAAGAGCCAAUGGAACUACAUUUGUUUGUUUUGAACUUUUUUUUAAAUGCUAUGAUAUUUAUUAAACUCCAAGGCUACCACACUACUGAGGACAUGUAAGACUGAUGGUAGGUGAAACUGACUUUAUACAUAAUAGGCAUUUACUCUACUGGACUCUGUACACAUACUGUCAUUAUUGGAACUAGAACUAGUAAGAAAUUAUUUGUUGAGAAAUGGAGGGGGAAAAGUAGGAAAUUGUUUAUUGCUUGUUUGUUGUAUUUUUAAGGAAUAGGAUACGGUAUUUCAGAUACUUGAUUACCCUCAUGGUCCCAGGAAUAGAUAAACAGGAAGUACCUGCCAAUUUAACACUAGGGCUGCAUCUCACUUCAGUUAAAUUAAAUCCUUGCGUCCCUCACUUGCGUCGUUUCCCUGCGUUUAGUCCCUCCCACCAGGGAAGCAUGGAGAGACGCAAGGAAACCACGAGAAGCAGGGUAAUGAGUUUGCGUCACGUGAAGCGACGUUCGUUUGUGAUGACGCCGCACAGCUGAUCGUCUGACAGCAGCCUGAUCAGUGCAUGCGCUGCAUCGUCCAAUCAGUGAGCGAUACACAGUAAGGGGGCGGGGCGAGUGUCAGGAUUUCACCGGAGGAUGGUCUGGUAGUUCCUCGAUUAUCGCUCCUCCGUUAUCGGCUCCUCGAUCCUACUGGCAAAAAUAAGGCCACUGGGAUGCUACUCAAGAUGGCGCAGACAAAUCAACUUCCGGUGAUACCGAGCCCGAGGAGCGAGGAAAUUAAAAAUAACCGAAGUGAGACGCACCCUAGGAGUAUGAUCCUCCCUGCAAUCAGAGGAAUCCAGGAGAGCUUGUUUCGGUACAGCUGACAUUUAAAAGAAUAUCGGAGGUGAAGUUUUGUUUCAGAAAAAGAAGGCUUCCAUAACAACUCUUCUCCCAUCAUGCCACACAAUUAACUGAAUAACAAACAAAAACAACAUUUGUUCCAUUUUAAUUCAGAAUGUAUUUAAAAACAGAUGAAGUUGAGUUGGUGUGCGGUUACAGAUCUUUGCAAAGCUGGUUUUGUUUUGGAAAAAUGUUGCUUUGUCUUUUUUAUAUGUAAUAAAACAUUUACUGCACUGUUGCCUCUGAUAUGAGUUUAUAAAAGAUAUACACUCAGUUGCCAGUUUAAUGCAGUCUAUUAAAACAGCUUGUGUGAUUCU